CGCAAUGAGAGCUUGGAAAAAGACACGGCUGGAACAAACCCUUAAAGGGCACCGCGGCCAUUUUUUGUGACUAGGCAUCUUCCAAUCCAUCAUCCACCAUUUCUAUCAACGCUAAAUCCCUCCAUUUCAUCCCCUCUUCCAACCUCACAUCCACAAUGCUAUCAAAACGCGUAGCUGCCGAAGCUGGUGCUCUGGGCCGUACAGCUCUCCGCCCUGUGCCUCGCACACCUGUUGCACGCAUCCGUGUACAAAAUGCCCGUUUUCAGUCCACAUCAGCAGGCCAGAACGCGCCUGCAGGUACCUCGCCGGCACUGAUUGGUGCUGUUACGGGAUCCCUCGCUACUCUGUCCAUCGGCUAUGUCUGGUACCGCCAGUCGGGAGCAAAGGACCUGCUCGCCGCCACAAAGACCACCAAGGACUACGUCUCAGCUGGCACCAAGAAGCUCAAGGAGGCGACACCCGAGCCUAACGAGGCCCUCGACUGGCUUCGCGAUGCCUCCAAGAGCUACGCCGUCCUGAUCCCCGGCGCAAGUGGCUACAUUGACACCGCCUUCAAGGACCUUGAUGACAUCCGCUCCAAGCACGGCGACGAGGUUGACAACAUCGUGCGCGAGGCCUACUCAGAGCUACAGGGCGUCGCCAAGAACGGCGACAUCUCGAUCCUCACGGCCAAGCGCGCCUGGGACAUCAUCGUCAAGCACCUCGGCCGCAUCGGUGAUCUUGCUGGCGACUCCGCGCAGCAGAUCAUGGACAACCAUCCCCAGCUCAAGGAGAAGGUCGGUGGCAACAUCGACAAGUUGAAGGAGUACGGUGACAAGUACGGCCCGGAGGCCAAGAAGGAGGCCGACAGGACAUGGCAGCAGAUUCAGGAUGUCGUCAAGACGGGCCUGAGUGCUGAGAACGUUACCAAGAUCCAGAAGAUCGUGCAGGAGAAGGUCGACAAGAUGAAGCAGCUCGGCGACGAGGCAUACAAGAAGGGCCUUGAGCAAGCGAAGCCCUACUUGGACAAGAACCCCAAGGUCAAGGAGCUCGUCGAGUCGAACGCUGAUGCGCUCAAGUCGGGCAACGUGUCGGAGCUGUACAAUAAGAUCAAGAAGGCAGUCGAGUCCGGCGACAUGGGCGACCUGGAGUCGUACGUCAAGAGCGCUGCAAGCAAGGCCAAGGAGUCAGGCUUCGGUGGCCUGGACAAGUACCUCGGUCAGAUCCCCGGCGGCGACCAGAUCAUCCCCAAAUUGACCCAGCUCCAAGAGGCCGCUGAGAAGCACGGCGACGAGGCGCAGAAGAUCAUCAAGGAUGCCGUGAGCGAGAUCUCGGAGAUUCUCAAGAAGAAGAGCAGUGAGGCGGAAAAGCUGGCCGAGAAGGCCAAGGAGGACUCGAAGAAAUAGCUUGAUCGCGGUGAACUCGGCAGGUGCGCGAAAAGCGAUUGAUUGUGAUCGAUUACUUGUAUUAUAGUUGCAUUUGCAUAUCUGCAUGGCAUGGCUGGCC